AUGGAUGAGAAGGAGCGAGAAGCUCUGGCGACUAUUGUUCGGGAGCAGGACGAACUUGCGCAGCAAAAAGCGGACUCAGAACGAGCUUUGCAGCAGCAAGAGCGCACCCUGAAGGAAAAGGAGGAGGCUUUCAAGGAUGAAUUGGAGGGCCUACGGCAAGAAGCCAGCCAAGCCGAGAGCAAGCUCAGAAGGAAAACUGAAGAAGACAUCGCACGCAAAGAGCAAGCCCAUCAGGCCGCUCUUCGUGCCGAAAGGGAGAAGCUGUCCCAAGAACAAUACAAGCUUCGGACACGUUACAUGGGCGAACAGCUUGUCCUUGAAGCUCGGAAGCUCAAGGAUGAGCUGCUGCGGCAUAAGCGUGUGAGGCCCUUGCGUGCCGAAGCGGUGAAGGUGCUUUGGCGGACGCAGGAUGACUUGAACCGGAUAAUGACCGGCAAGCAGCUGAUGCUGCGCAGAUCCAACGGGGCCGCGCUGCAGUCUGAGAAUGUAUGUGCGUUUGCCAUCGGCAGCGUGCGCGAGUGGGUGUUCCGGUCGCGAGAGUGGAUAGAGGCGAGCUCCUUCGCACCAGAUGGCAAGAGCAUUGAGACAGCAUCAAGUCUUGCCCAACGAUCUGAACCACAACUGAAAGCCCAGCUGACCGAAGCGAUGGAGACGAUUUCAUCCUUCAAAGCUCGAGCAAAGGCUCUUGCGAGCAGGAUGUUGCCAGAGGGCCAGGGAGCAAGCACCCCCAGGUCUGAGCCACAAACGUGGAAGGUUGCGGAGGGGUUGAGUAUCGAAAACGAGCAGGCUCAGGGCGUCCGGCAAGCAGUAGCAGCGCGGCUGCAGGAUGCGGAGGCCAAGCUUGACAAGUUGGCCGAGGAGGACCUGGGCGUCGAUUUCCUAAUGCGAUGGUCAGAGCAGAUCAGCGCAGUUGGCCUCAAAGGAAUGCAGACCCAACGCCAAUCAAAGGAGCUGUCGGAACGGAUCGAGGCAGCACUCAAGACUGAGGCCACGAAGUACCGAAAUCUGGCCCAGGCAGCGUAUGCAGAGGUCGCUGCUGACAGAGAGGCAGAUGAGACCCUUCACAGAGCUCGAGAGUCGCGCAAGCGAGAGGAGGCGAGGGAGGCAAAGCGCAAACAAGAAUUGGAAGAGAAGAUACGAAGAGAGCAGGAAAAAGCGCUGAAGGAAAAGGAGAAGCUGGUUCCUCUGAAGCUCCGGGUGACUGGACUCAGGCCUGGCACUAUUGAGGACAAGGUGAAGUUCGGACACCUUGCGGAGCAGAAGGUGGCGAAAGCGCUGGAUCUGAAGGAUUCUCAGGUUCGUGUGACAGGCAUCCGCUAG